AUGAAAAAUGCAAUUGAGAAAGUGGCAGCUGGAGAAAUGGGCCUCUAUAAAGCUUCUAAUCAAUUUCUGGUACCAAAGACUACUCUGAAGAGAAAAUUAGAGAAAUAUAAGGCUACUCAAAAUAUUGAUAUUGCCACAAAUAAGAAACUGGGUAGAUUUGAACAAGUUUUUACUAAAGCUCAAGAGACUGAAUUAGCUACUUAUGUGAAACAGAUGGAAAGUCGUUUGUUUGGAUUAACCACGGAAAAUCUAAAGAAGUUGGCAUAUGAUCUAGCUGAGAGAAAUAACAUAAGUCACAAUUUUGAUACUUGCAAGAAGAUGGCAGGUAGAAUUUGGUUAGAAAACUUCUUAAAACGUAACCCAGAUCUUAGCUUGCGUAAACCUGAACCAACAUCUGCAGCCCGAGCAGCUGGCUUCAAUCAAGUUGCAGUUAAUAAUUUUUUUGAUUUGCUGUCACAUGCAAUUGAAACUUAUCAUCUGACUCCAGAUAGAAUUUUUAAUGUAGAUGAGACAGGAAUCACAACAGUCCCCAAGAGUAUAUCAAGAAUUAUUGGCACAAGAGGGAAAAAACAAAUCGGCUUAUUAACUUCUGCUGAGCGGGGUCAACUAGUCACUGUAGUGUUUUGUUUUGGAGCAGAUGGGUCCUAUAUGCCACCUUUGUUUAUUUUUCCCCGUAAAAGGAUGAAGCCUGAAUUGAUGAAUAAUGCACCUCGUGGAUCUUGGGCUGAGUGCCAUGAGAGUGGCUGGAUUCAGAAAGAUAUUUUUACCUCUUGGUUUCGGAAAUUCAUUGUUUUUUCUAGAGCUUCUAAAGACAACCCGGUGCUGUUGAUAUUAGAUGGACAUAAAAGUCAUACUAUGAAUCUUGACAUUAUUGAUCUAGGGCGAGAGAAUGGAGUCCAAAUUUUGGCAACCCCACCGCACUGCACUCACCGUCUCCAACCAUUGGAUGUGGCUUUUAUGAAACCUUUGUCUACUUAUUACUCGGAAGCAGCACAGAAUUGGUUGAGGAUGAACCCAGGAAAAGUUAUUACACAAUUUCAGAUUGCAGAAUUGGUUGACAGAGCUUUUCAGAAAGCUGCUACUAUGACAACUGCUUUCAAUGCCUUUCGUGCCACAGGAAUCUGGCCUUUAAAUCGUGAUAUUUUCACAGAAGCUGACUUUUUAGCAGCAGCAACUACUGACAUCGAGCUACCGAAUCCAAGUUCGAACCCGUAUUCCUCGACAGAUGUUUCAAGCGCCAAAGAUCCUCAGCCGUCAACAUCAAAAGCUGGUCAGCCCUCACCACCAGUUUUGAGCACCGAAGAUCUUCAGCCCUUAGUAUCACGAGAUAACCAGCCCUCGACAUCAAGGGCUAACGAGGCAGCAUACGAUUUUGGAAAUAUUUCAGCAUCCACUACUCCUUCCAUCGAGGAUAUUGAUUCAAGGGUGUCAUCGCCUUCUAUAUUAAAUGAUAGUCAAAUUGACAACCAACCUGCAUUGCCUACCACUCCAACAAAAAAUGCUGGCGAACUAACAGUUUCACGGCCAUCACUUCUGAAUGAAGGUGAUACUGAACUUUCCACUUCCUCUACAAUUAUGGACAAUGAAACUAGCAGUGUAUUUCAUUUCGGACCAAAAGAUAUAAUGCCUUUCCCGAAAACAACUAAGACUAAAAGAGCCAACGUCAAACGAGGUAAAACAGCAAUUAUUACGUCAUCACCCUACCGCCUUGAAGUGGAAGCUUCUCAAAAUAAACAGGCUGAGAAGAUCAAGAAAGCACUUAUUUUCCAGAAAGACAUGAAGCCCACAAAAAGUGAAGCAAAAAAAUCAACCGGGGGUUGGGUGCAAUGUCCAGUAUGUCGUUUAUGGGCACACUGCCUUUGCGCAGGAGUCGAAGAUGAGGACGAGGAGACAGUAUUUAUGUGUGAAAAAUGUGCUAACUGA